GGAGUGCGAAGUAACCAAGGGUCAUGUUUCUAUUUUGAUUCUUGAGUCAGGGAAGGCCGCGGUUUAUAUAGUCCCGACUGCUGGCAGUUUGGGACAAGAUCAACUCGUGGCACCGCUCUUCUUGUUGACUUAGCUCCUCGAGCAAGCAUUCGCGACAUUCUCGGGUCUUCAGCCGACUAAACAGAGCACAGAAACUAACCUGGAGUCGAACCCAGUGCCCCAAAAAAUACGCCGGACAAAAAGGUUUCCAACAUGGCUGAUUCAUCUCUUGCUGGGCAAGGGGAAACCCACACGUCAGAAGGACAACAACAAAACGGGAACGACGACGAUGAUGAGGAUUUCAUUUUCGCAAUCGCUGUCGAUCUAUUCGACAUGGAGUUAGGUAACGUUAUUACGACCAAGAAUACUGAAUGCUCGUCGGGUACACUCAAGGAAGCCAGGCGGGCUUCAGUGGCCGACCUUGCCGAUGGAGGGUGUACCAUUGUCCGGUGCGUACCAAAAUCCGGCUCGAGCGACUCGCUUGACGACGACGGCAUCGCAUGGGGAAGACUCGACCUUUUCGCCGACGACGAUCUACUACUACCAGAGACCUCGGUAGGCAGACCUGCAAGGGACGGGAAAAUCCGACUAACACCCGAACACAGACUUCUGCUGGAAAACUUACUCCGGAGACGGAGGACUCGCAACGGGCCGAACUCCGAGGCUAACUCGAUGCUCGAUCCCGACGAAACGGCCUCGAACGAGACUUUAGAAGAAGAACUGGACGAAGAGCAGAUACAACAGUUCGCAGAGAUCGUGGACGACCCCGAGUUCUUCAUCGAGUUGGAUCGGGACGAAACGGAGUCGUCCCCGAGGCUCUCUGCGUCCCUCGUCGGUGAGUUCACCGUGACCGAGUGCGGCGUGUGCCUCGAAACGCAGGCCCUCCACCGCCGGCCUUGCUGUAACUUCCCCGUCUGUGAUGCCUGCUUGAAACAGUACUUUACAACACAGGUCCUCCAGGCUAUUGUGAAGCUGUACUGCUGUAGCAGCGAGUGUCAGAGCACCGUUUCACGGGAGGAAAUCACCUUCAGGCUGGACGACGAUGCUCGACUGAAGUUUCAACGGUAUCUAGUGGAAGCAAACAGAGAGCCCCAUGUUAAAACUUGUCCACGCUGCAGUGAACCCAUGACUGUCGACAAGCGCCUGGUUUCCAAGAAGGACUGGUCACCUGAGGAGGCUAUGGUGGUGUGUAAGGAGUGCAGCAUGGUGUGGUGCUUCCCCUGUCACGCCCCCUGGCACGAAGGGGUGAACUGCAGGCUGUACCAGAAGGGGGACAAACUGCUGAAGGUUUGGGCCAAGGAGGAAUGUCAGGGGCAGGUCAAUGCACAAAAAUGUCCCAAAUGUAAGAUUUACAUCCAGAGGACAUCUGGGUGUGAUCACAUGACGUGCACGCGGUGUAAGACGGAGUUCUGUUACCGCUGCGGGGACCGCUUCCGGGACAUUCGCUUCAUGGGGAACCACUACACCAAGCUGAGCGUCUUCGGCUGCAAAUAUCUGUACAAGGCGGAGAAGCCUGUUCAGCGCAAGAUGAUCCGCGGAGCUGUGCUCGGCGGACAACUUGUGGCUGCUCCAGUGCUGGCAGGUCUAGCGGUGGGUGCUGGCAGCCUAUUGGUCGGAGUCGGCACGUUCGUUCUUCCCGUCUAUGGCGGCUACCGACUCUUCAAGAAGUACAAGGCUGUGCAGGCGCAGAAGAAGAGGCGGAGGUUUCAGCGACAGCUCCGUAGCCAGGGAACGCUGGAAAUCGUACACCCACAUCUGGAACGAAGGGGUAGCGACCCAUACGCUAGGUUUCUGAACAACCAGAUACAGCCGGUUGGCCGUGCUGCUACUAUUUCAUAAACUGCAAUGUACUGCUACUUCAUGUACACCGUACAACACAAAAAUCAUCAUAAUGUUUUUUUCCAUACAAUAUCAGGGCUAUGUUCAGAUGAAAAUUUUUUUCAGCUCACUCAUAAUACAGGGCUCGAAAUACUACCUGCAUAUGCAGGUUAGUGCAGGUAAAAUUGGAGCUGUGCAGGUAUUUCUGGUGUCUACCUGCACCUAACUGGUCCAUGUACUUGGCUUUAUAGUAAAUUAUACAUAAAUUUCCUUUGAUUUAGAUGUAUAGGGAUUGUCAUAAGCUGCACUGACUGCUACCACCUAUUAGAUAUAAAAUAAUGGUUCCUGAACAAUUUCAGUAUGAUCCAUACUUCCUAAAUUCAGAGUGGUGCAGGUAAAAUUUGUCAGGUGCAGGUAAUUUUCAAUGUUACCUGCACCUGUGCAGGUAUGCUGAAACAGGUAUUUUGAGCCCUGAUAUAGGAAUCCAUGUUGUUGAACUUGCUGCUGGAGUUUAGUUGUUAUGCACAUCUAGCAAAGUACAAUUUGCAAAAUUAGACACAUUUGAAAAAAAAUAUGAUCAGCAAAGGUCACAGGCUGACCUUGUGGUUGUAAAGAAAUAGCCAUAACCAGCUGCUGCCGAGCUGCGUGCCCACAAAGCUGGUGGGUUAUGCCAAAAGGGCGGUUAUACCGGCUAUACACUCAGAUAAAGACAUAUACAACACAACUUUCAAGAAGACAUGUUCCUAAGUUACGGUUACCCCAUUCCUAAUGUAUGAUUGCCAUAAACAUACUUAAGUACACACUUGGGAACCAUUCCAUAACCGAAAAAGAUAUAUAAGGUGGUGAUGCUCUGAAAAUGUUUGAGUCAGAAAAUCAGUAUACUUAUGAUCUUGACUAGGUUGUAUUGGGUAGGAUUUUGGAGAAAAAAACUUGCUGCAACUUGAAAUCAUUGUUACAGUAAUUCUAACAGAUUUGUUACUUUGUGCUACAUGUAUGUGCCUUCAAAUCAGUGAUUAGUUACAUGUGCAUGCUGUCAAAGCACAAUCAGGUAAUUUGAUGUUUAAUUCCAGAGAGCAUUUAGUUCUUCUACCUAUACAAAGGUGUACUUAUUAGUGUAUGACAACUCUUCGCAAAGUCAUAGCA